AGGUUCUUGUGAUUCUAAAUGUUUCAUACUUGAGUGGAAAGUGGAGAGGCAAUGUAUCAACAAAACUCGCUCUCAGACUCGGAGAUAUAUAUAUAUAUACACAAGAGUGUCACAAAACAGACACACAAUACAGCGAAACAACACGUUAUAACAAUUUCGCAUUGGAACACGCGGGUUGCGGACGAUCUUAAAAUCUCAAAAAUUCAAAAAUCAAUAAUUAAAAAUUGAAAAUCAUUAUUUCUUCAGGGGAUGCAUGCGUAACGGACUCAUUUCAAUUCCACGUUCUCUUCUUCUGAAUCAUGCUCUUCUAGCUCCCAUUACCAACUUGUUUCCGAAGAUCAAUAGCUAAAGGUGAAUCUGUUGAGCGAGCUGUUGUAGCUGCUUCUUAGUAUAUUAUUGUGAUUAUUGUGAUAUAUGGAGGCAACCAAGGACAAUGUUACUGGGCUUAUUCUGGCCGUUUCGUCCAGCGUUUUCAUUGGUUCUAGCUUCAUAAUCAAGAAGAUGGGGCUUCGAAGAGCAGCCACUACAGGGAAAAGAGCAGCCACUGGAGGGCAUUCAUACCUACUUGAACCGUUUUGGUGGAUUGGAAUGAUCUCAAUGAUAGUUGGGGAAAUAGCCAAUUUUGCAGCUUAUGCAUUUGCACCUGCGAUUCUUGUAACCCCUUUAGGAGCCUUAAGUAUCAUUUUCAGUGCAGUGCUAGCUCACUUUAUCUUGAAAGAGAGAUUGCACAUCUUUGGUGUGCUUGGAUGUGCUCUUUGUGUGGUUGGAUCUACAACUAUUGUUUUACAUGCUCCGCAUGAAAGAAUCAUUCAUUCUGUCAAGGAAGUUUGGGAGCUUGCAACAGAGCCAGGUUUUAUUUUGUACACUUGUGCUAUGAUCAUUGUGGUUAAUUUUCUCAUUUUCUAUUGCGUUCCACGCUAUGGACAGACCCAUAUGAUAGUAUAUAUUGGAAUAUGUUCUUUCACAGGCUCAAUUACGGUCAUGAGCGUGAAAGCAGUAGGAAUAGCUCUGAAGCUUACAUUUGAAGGCACAAAUCAAUUCAAGUACUUUCAGACCUGGUUUUUUACACUGAUCGUGUUAGGAUGUUGUCUUUUACAGAUUAACUACUUGAACAAGGCAUUAGACACUUUCAACACUGCUGUCGUAUCACCAGUUUACUAUGUCAUGUUUACAACAUUUACCAUUUUUGCCAGCAUGAUCAUGUUUAAGGACUGGGCCUCGCAAAAUGCAUCGCAAAUCGCCACUGAGAUGUGCGGCUUUGUCACGAUUUUAUCCGGGACCUUUCUCCUUCACAAAACUAAGGACAUGGGAGAGAAAUCGGUACUUCCUCCCCCUGUGUUCAUGACUCCAGAACACACUAGAAACGACUCAGAAGCAAUAUAGCUGUGCGGCAGUGAUGGUCUUUUCCCCUUUAGAAAAAUCUGAUGAAGGUUAUGCUAAAUGCUCUUUCAAAGAUGAAGCUGUCAUGGAAAAACGGCAAAGCC